ACGGCUCAAAAGAUGCAAAAAUAAAGAAAAUUUUGAUAAAAACAAUUUUCUGUAAAAUUUAUAAAAAUGUUUAAAAAAUUAAAAGAUAAAAUAGCUGAAGAGGUGAAACAAUCACCAGCAAGAUUCCAAGAAAUCAUAAAUUCUGCUCAAGCAGCUGUUAGCUCAGCUAAUUCGAGUAAUUCAGACGAAAGUGGAAGUGCGAAUCAAAGCAAUGAAAACUCGUCAUCAGCAAAUGAAAAUUUUUUCUCACUCACGGAAGAUGACACACCUCAGAACAGUCCCAUGAAAACAAUUCCUUUGAAUAGUUCUUCCACACCAAGUAGCAGCAAAUUAAUGAAUGUUGAUCUUCACACGCCAUCAACACAAAAUAAUUCGCUGAAUAACGGGACACAACAAAGAACCAGAAAACUUUCAAAUUCAUCUAUGGCCAGUGACAUUUCGUUUAGACUUCCGCACUAUGAACAUCAACCAAUUUAUCAUUUACAAUCAGAUUGGGAAUCGGCAAGUGAAGCUGAAGAUUCGGGAGUGUCGUCAGUUGGAGCUCAAUUGGAACAAAUAAGUAAAGAUCAAAUAUAUCAAGCAUAUCGAAAUUCCCUCACAAAAUAUCAAAAAUAUCGUGGAAAGUAUACAGAGCUUGCGAGAAAGUAUCGCGAUUUGGAGAAGGACAAUGCAAAAGCAAGACAAGUAUUAGUAGAGACACAAGAUAAAGCAUUAAGAAGAAUAAGUGAGCUUAGAGAGCAAUGUCAAUUAGAACAGCAAGCAAAAGCUCAUCUUGAAAGUGCGUUGAGACUUGAAAUGGACGAUCUGCAGUGCGUCGUUCAAACACUUCGAACUAAACUUGAAUUGAUUGGCGAAAAUCCUGACAAAGUUCUCAAUGGUUCAUCAUCGAAAGAAGAAAGUCUUAUCAAUUUCUCUAGUGAUGGUGGCGAAACAACAAACACAACAAAUGAACUCAUCAGCAAUCUUGAGCAGGAACUUAAAGAUUAUAAAGAAAAGUAUAAUGAAAUGUCGCAACAAAACGAAAAAGCAGUCACAGAAUUGUCAGAACUUCUUGAAAAAUCAAAGAAAGAAAUCCAAGAAUUAAAACAACGUGAAGAAGAAAGCACAAUUACAAUUGCUGAGAAUAAAUUGAUGAUUCAUUCAGAACUGGAAAACAAAGAAUCGGAAGUGAAGAAGUUACGUGAAAAAAUCAAUAAGAUGGAAAGCAAUGAAAGUGCAAUAAAUCAAGAAUUAAAAGAAGUUAAAGAAAAACUAAAUAAGCAAACACAUGACUUAGACAUGGUGCAGAAAGACAAAAUAAAGCUUGAAGAUCGCCUUAAAGAAGUCUUUGAAGAGAAGAAAACCGUCAAUAACGAACUCAAAGAAAUGAAAGAUAAGAUUGAAAAAGUAAAUAAUAAGUUCAAAGAGCUUUCUGAAGACAAAACAUCAUUACAAUCGCAAAAUGAACUACUUCAUGUUGAAAUUAAAAAAUGUAAAGAUGAAAUGAAUGAAUUACAACGACAGAAAUCUUUGUUAACGGAAGAAAUUAAAAAUAUUAAAAUUGUUAAUGAAAAUUCGGAAUCGGAGGCAAUUAUAUCACUCCAAGAGUCGAUGAAAGGUUCAGUGAUGGAGCUUGAGAAGAAGAUUAGUGAUUUGAAUGGAAUAAUUAAUGAGAAGACCUCGGAAAUCACUUCACUUACUAAAACAAAUAGCGAGAUGUUGAAAAAAGUUAGUGAAUUGGAGAAGGAAACAGUUUUAAUGACCAACGAUCGUGACACUUGCCGAACGAAAAUCGAUUCAUUGAAGAAUGAAAAACGAGAUUACGAGAAAACAUUGGAACGAGAAAUUCGAGAGAAAAAUGAAUUGAAGACACAAGUAACAAAUAUUCUUCAAGAAAUUGGACGCUUAGAAGAACAACUGAAAGAAGUUCGAACAUCACAUUCGUCAAUUCAGUCUGAGAAACAAAAACUUGAAGAAAAGAUUGAAAGGAUUCAACGACAGCAUAAUGAAGCAAAAAUGAAAUUAGAAAAAGAUCAGACACACAAAUGGCAAACAAAAAUGAAAGAACUUGAAACGAAAUUGCAUGAAAUUGAAUGUGAAAAUUCACAAUUAGCAGAGAAAAAUUGUUUACUGGAAGAAAGUUCGAGGAGAAAUUCUGAUGAGCUUAAAAGGCUACAAUCAAACCUCACUGACAGUCAGAGUGUUGUUCAAGAAGAGCACAAUCGGUUAGUGGAAACAUCAAGAGAACUUGAAGAAAGAAUCAAAACGUUAACUGAUCAGCUAACGCAAUGCACUGGUGAUCAUGCAAAACUUUAUGAUGAGAAAGAACAACUCGAUCAUCAAUAUCGUUCACUACAAGAUGACAAUGAAACUAAGGAAAAGGAGAAAUUAUGUUUGAUGGAAGAUGUUAAAACUUUACAACAAGAAUCGAACUCAUUGAAAGCUAAAAUUACGCAACUGGAAAGUGAAAAAGUGAACUUAACUGAAUGUUGUGACAAUUUAAGAGUUGUCGUUGAUAACAUAAAAAAAGAGAAUGAAGCAAUGAUUAAAACUCGCGAUGAACUGCAAAAAGCUUGUGAAAAUAUGAAAGUUGAAUUUGAUAAGAUUAACGGAUUGAAGCAACGUUGCGAGGAACAAAUGGAAAGUGUUAAGCGAGAUAAUAAAAAUCUAGCUGAGAAAAAUAAAUCUUUGUCGAAUGAACUCGAAUCGAUAAGCACGAAGAAUCAAAAUCGCUUGACAGAACUUGAAAAUUUAUUGAAACAAACACACGACGAGAAACAAUCAUUGACAGAGUCGUUGAAUAAGAACGCAACGGACAUUGAAAAGAAAAUGGAAAAUUAUGAGGAAAUUAAGAUUCAAAAUGAAUAUUUGAGCACGCUUGUGAAGCAACUUGAAGCUGAUAUGAGUAAAUCUCAAGAAGAAAAAAUUGGCAUGAAUGAGAAAAUUGCUAAAAAUCUUGAGAACGAAAUGAUCCGUGAAGAAAAGAUUCAAGAACUUUCAAGAUUACUGGAUGAGCGAGAAGAAGCUGUGAGGACUUUACAGGAACUUGAAACUGCAGUGUCAAUUACCAACAAGGAACUUGAGUCACUUAACAAGGAUCUUCUGACAAAGAUUAACAAACUUGAAGCUCAAAUUAACAAGCAACGUGAUUAUCAACAAAUUAAGGAUGAAAAUUCAACACUGAAAAUUCAGAAAAAUGAAUUAGCAGAGAAACUUCAAGUCAUUAGCAAAGAAAAGGAAAAUUUAUUGACUUCUAUGAAGAGCCUUGAAGAAAAACAUGAAACUGAAUUGAAAACCUUAAAUGAUCAAAGAGAAAGUUUCGUUGCUGAAAAAGUUAACCAGGAAACAGAAUCAAUUAAUAAAAUAAAGAAUUUAGAAGAUCAGUUGAAGAACGUCAGUGAUUAUGAAGAAAUUAAGCAUCGUAAUGAACUUCUUCAACAAGAUAUUAUAAAAUUGAACGAAAAACUAUCAAACAAUGAAUCAGUAAAGGAUUCAGAAAUUAAUUCGAUUAAGAAAUCACUACAGGAUAUCACGAAAGAAGUUGAAAUACUUAAAGAAGACAAAGUGCGAUUAGAAAAAGAGAUUGAGAGUAGUCGAAGUAUUAUUCAAGACUUGAAUAAAGAUUUUGAAGAAUAUCAGAAGGAAAUUGAGACUUUGAAGGAAGAUAAAGCAACUUUGAUUACCGAAGUUGAGAAUGCUAAUUUGAAAGUUGCUUCGGAAAGUGAAUUAAAGUCAUCGAAACCUUCAGAUCGUUAUGAAGCCUUAACAAAUGAAAAUUAUAAACUACAAGAAGCAAAUCGCGAGUUGCUUGAGAAACUCGAAAACUUAGAGAAAACCAGUGACAGGAAAAUCUCCGACAUGACUCAAGAAAUUGAAGAAUUAAUUGACAACUCAAAGCACUACACUCAUAUCAAUUCAGAAUUCAACGAACUUAAGAACAAAUAUGACCAACUUGUGAGUGAGAAGUCAAAAGAUGAAAUGAAUGGAAACUUAAUCCAAGAUUCGUCUGAACUUUCUGUAAUAAAAUCUGAGCGAGAUGAAUUGUCAGAUAAACUGAAAAAAAUCAUGGGAGAAGUUGAAGAAGUUUCCAAUAAAAAUCUUUUCUUAGAACAGAAAGUUGAAAAUUAUUUGAUUCUUGAGCAAUCAAAUGAACGUUUGAAGCUUACAAAUGAUAAACUUUCAAGACAAUUGGAUGAGACUUUAGUUUCAAUGCAUCAUCAUGAGGGCAUUCAAGCGAAUACUGAGUUUGAAUAUCUCAGGAAUAUUCUAUUCCAGUAUUUAAGCGGUCAUGUCAAUUCUAAUGGCACGACACUUGUUAAAGUGAUUGCUGCAGUUUUAAAGUUUACGCCACAACAAACGCAAUUGGUGCUUGAGAAGGAAAAUCAAAGGCAUACUUUGUUGGGAUCGAUUAACAAUCUUCUAUAGCAGGAGAUUAACAACAUCAACAAAACAUUUUUCUAAUAAAAUUCUUCGACAUCGUCCUACCUAGUUAGUUAAUCUUCAGAUAACCACAUUAAAAUAUGAGCUAGCUAAUUAAUUUGAACUAAUAUUAUUACUUUCCUCUAUAAAUCUUUUAAAAAAGUUAUUAAAAUUUAAAUAUAUUUAGAUGUGCAAGUUAGUGAGUCACACGGAAACCUUUUUCAUAUUCAAUGCCACGCGAUGCCAAAAUAUUUGGAUGUUUUAUACAUAAAUUGAACGAUAAUAAUUAUGUGCUAAUAUGCCAUGUUUAAAGCGUGUGUGUGUGUUUUAUAAAAUAUAAAAAUUGAGAGAGAUUUGAAUUUCUUUUUCUUAAUUUUGUUAUGUGGUUGAAGAUUUAGAUAAAAAAUUGAUUUUAAUUCGUUUCAUUUUAAUCUUAACUCAAUAUGCAGCUUUCAAUUCUUAAUAAGAAUUAUUGUAGAUAUUAUUUAAUUGAGACUUCAAUAACUUUAUAGUUAGGUAUCUAAAUAAUAAACAAUCAUAUUUUAAAAUUAGUUCUUCUUUUAAUCCAAUUUUAAUCUUGAUCAUCAAGAUUAUUAAUUAAUAAGAAAUUAUUUUAAAUUAAGUGCCCAAUAGCGCAUGCAGCAAUUCAACGUU